AGGGAAUGCCAUAUUAAAAAUAUUUAAAAUUUCCAGAAGAAAGCAAAUAUUGAGUUUUUGACAGAUGGCAUAUUUGUCAUGUAUGUCAAAUAUAUCAAAUAAAGAUUAUGUAUUAAAAAGUUAAGGUGGUUAAGGAAAACCUGUUUUGCUCUAUCUUUAUUAGAAUUAGUUGUAGAGCCCCUUAAAGUCAUAAAAAGUGCAAUAUUCAACGCUAGAUUUUUGUGUAAUAACAAAAAUGUUAUAACAUAGAGGGUUUUCUAUUAAAAAGAUAGUGAGUGAAGAUAAAGAAGUAGGAGAUGAUUUAUAUGUGCAUGAAUCAAACUCAAUAGAUUAUAAUUCAUCAGAUAUGGACAUAGACAUAACUUUGCCAGACCCAAUAACAAUGAUCAGUGUUGUAACUGAUCAAGAAAACAAUCACCCUAUUAAUGCUAUUGAAUUGUUUUCUCCUAUUUGCAAACCCUCCACUUCUCAGAAUGUUUCUAAUCAAGCAGCACCUUGUGCUGAAAAGCAGAGCGCAACACCUGAAACCAAGCCCAAACCACAAAUCAGCUACAAACAGAUGCUAAACCAGUUAAUUGAGACACCAUUGUCACCUCCAAAAUCACAUGUCAUUGUCACUUCUAAGAUCAAUGGAACUAAAAAAGCACGAAAAUUAAAGACAGCAAGAAAAUCAAUUUUGGAAUUUUCAAAUGCUACUAGAAUCUCCCAACUGACACCACAGGCAAAGAAAUUUUAUGUAAAAUUAAAAGAGUGGAGUGUUGAUUUAACCAACAAGACUAGACAAAUUAAAAGUUAUAAGUCACGAUUAGCAGAAGCAGAGAAAUUAAUAAAAAGUAAUAGUUUUGAUAACCUCCGAAAAGCGGUUAAUGAGCCUACUUAUCACUCUAUAAUGAGUCAAGUGCACAACCAAAACCUUAGGACACUGAAAUUAAGACGCUUCAAUACAGAAGAAAAGGUUUUGGCUUUAUCAAUUUAUAAAAAUAGCGGAAAAUGUUAUAGGCUUUUGAGUAAAAUUUUUGCAUUGCCUUCAUCAAAAACCCUGAACAGGCUAUUGCAGUCAAUAAAUUUAAAACCUGGCCUUAAUGAAAUUUUAUUUCAGAGCCUUCAAAGACAAGUAGAAAAAAUGAGUGAUAAAGACAAAACCUGCGUACUUGUAUUUGAUGAAAUGGAGAUAAGAUGAAGUCAUAGGAUUUCAGGAUAGUGGUAUUCAACCAAAAGAGAAAUAUAUUGCCGAUCAUGCCAAUGUAUUCCUACUUAAAGGGGUUUACCGUUUAUGGAAGCAACCGAUAUGCUUCACAUUUUGUCAAGGGGCUACAAAAGCAAUAAUACUAAAACAAUUAAUAAAACACAUUAUUGAGAAAUGUUUUGACGUGGGCCUAAAUGUAAUUGGAACCGUUUGUGAUCAGGGAUCAAAUAAUUCAAGAGCCAUAAAACUGCUUUUGGAGGAAACAGAAGAGCAGUGUAAGAGAAAAAACAUAAAAAACCACUUUUUCGGAUUCAAUGUCUGUGACAGGGAAGUGAUUCCAUUAUAUGAUGUGCCCCAUCUCUUCAAAGGGCUAAGAAACAACCUAUUGGACAAGGAUCUUCACUUUGAAAAAAAUGGCAUAAGAGGGUGUGGGAAAUGGAUCCAUAUCCAACAACUUUUUGCACUAGACAAUACACAACCUUUAAAAAGGCUUUGUCCAAAAUUAACCGAGCAGCAUGUAGAGCCCCAAAAAAUUAAAAAAAUGAAGGUAAAAUUGUGUACUCAAGUGUUCAGCCAUAGCGUUGGUUCUCUUUUAACGAGAAUUCCUGGAUGGGAUAUUAAAGAUAAAAAUAAGCUUGGCCCUGAAGCGGAAUCUACUGGUGAGCUGAUCCUUUUUUUAGACAAGCUUUUUGAUAGCCUUAACUGCUUAAGGUAUUCAAAAAUGGGUAAUGCAGCAAAGCCUUUGAAGUGUCCUAUGACCAGAAAUUCUGGUCAUAAAAGUUUUUGGUUGGAAUCCCAAAAAAUCAUACAAAGUAUGAAAUUUUUUUCGCAUGCUAAGCAAACCUUUGUAAAUGUACCAACACUUAAAAAUCUUAAUUUUACAUUAAAGGGAUUUUUAAGAUUGACUGACAAGCUUUUUGAUAAUGCAGGCUGCAAAUUUGUGUUAACAGGGGCAUUUAAUCAAGAUGCCCUUGAAAACUUUUUCAGCUACAUUCGCGCACACUGUCUAAGAAAUACCAAUCCAUCGCAAAAUCAAUUCAUGGCAUCUUUUAAAACUUUGAUGAUGAAUAAUUUUACCGCAGUUCACUCUCCUGGAGCAAACUGCAAAAGAGAUUGUUCUGAAGGUUUAGAUAAUCUUAGGAGUUUGCUUACAGGAGGGCAAAUUACUGAUGUUUUAGCCACAGAAACAAAUGAAGAAGUAGUCAUUCCAAAGGAUGUUUUACUACAAAAAACUAAUAAAAUAGGUAGCUGCAUUACGACUUAUAUGUGCGGUGUUUUAAUUAAAAUUGUUCAAAAAAACCGAGCAAUAAAAAAAUGUGAGAAGUGUAUGACCAAUUUAAAAAUUCGGCAUCUUUUACCAAAUCAUUAUAAUGAUGAACUAAUAACUGCCAAGCAAUUUGAAAAGGGCAAUUUAAUAAGGCCAGGAGACUUAGUAAUUUUUUUGAUCAGAUCAUCUUUUGAUUAUUUAAGUUUCUUAACUCCGCAAUUGGCGACAUCAAAAAUAAGGCCCUAAACAUUCUUUAUAUUCUAACAAAAAUGUUUUUUUUUUAUAUAACCACAUCAUAAGCUCUCAGGCAGUUGAAGUGCCCCUUGCUGUAUAUUUUCAUGCAGAUUGUCACCCCCUGAAGUAAUAAUUAAAAUAUGUAAACUUAAGUGAAAAUAUGCAUUUCCCUAAGUCAUAGAAUAAUAAUUAUAUUGUAUUCAAAUAUGAUGGAAUUAUAUCAAAAACUGACAAAUAAUUUAAACUUUUAAAUUACACAAAAUUUUAAAAAAUUGUCCUAAUUUCAAGAAUAUAGAUCAUAAUUUACAUUGGCUUUACUUCCUUUAAAACCUUAUUUAUUUACUUAAUAAGUAAGG